AUGAAGCUCCUUGCUGUCAUCUGCGCCUCCCUCGCCCUCACCGGCUUCACCACGGCAACUCCGCCACCCAAGACCUUUACCAUCAAGGCCAAAGGCAACCCCAAGGUUCCUUCCGCUCGAUUUGAUGCCUCCCAGAGCAAUAUCUUCCUCAAUUACGGGGACUCGGGCGCUGUAUGUGAUGUCAAGCCUGGCUGCCCAAAGCCCAAGGACGCCGUCUUCUAUCUCAAGGACUCCAUCCUCUACCUCCAUACUGGACCUUCCAACCAGGUACAAAAGGUCUUCCUAGACCGCUCUGGCUUCGGCCAGGGGAAGAUCGGAUAUUUGAGUGGCAAUGGCCCUCUUCCUUCACGCUGGGAAGUCGAGGGCUGGACUAUUGAUGGUGCAGGAAACCUAAAGUUCAAGGGCAACGGGGUGAUCGCCUGUCCCAGCUCUGAUCCCAAGAUCAAGUCCUGGACAGUCUGGGCAGAUAUCGGUAUCGCCACUCCAGGUGGAAACACGGGCUGUCUCCCAUUCACUGCUCACACCAUGAAGACGAAGCCAGUUGCUUGCAAGUACACUUGA